AGUCCCAUCCCGAGCCAAUGAAGCUACUCAUUACUACCGGUGCGACCGUCACGUUCACGCGUCUCCUCCGGUUCGUGCUCAGUGAUCCCAUGCUUUCCACGUAUAUCACAACCGGUUUCCGCCACGUGACGGUUCAGUACGGCAAUGAAAUCAAAAAUGGUGUCCACGUCUCACGAUGUGCCGUCAAUGAAAUUCUACGCUCAACUGCCGCCUUCAAACAUUUUCAAGUCACUGACGACACAUGCCUGUUUGAAUAUCAUGAUAAGGGUGGCAGCCGGAUUGUGUUGGAAUUUUUGUCGUUUUCGCCUGAUUUAAACUCACUUAUUCGCUCUUCAGACCUCAUUAUUUCUCAUGGAGGAACAGGCACCUUGAUAGACAUCUUGAAACUCCACAAAAAGUUGAUCGUCGUAUACAAUGAGUCGCUCAUGGACAAUCAUCAGAAACAGAUCGCCGAAGAGUUUGCUCGACUGCAGUUCUGUGUGAGCGUGGGCUCGAGCCAACUCGAACAAGACGAGUUUACGGGCUAUUUACAAGCGCUAAGAGACGGAAAAAUUGUGUUGACGUCAUAUCACCUGCCAGUAGAACAUAUAGUUCAGUCUAUUGUCUAUCGCGAAUUGGCCCAUGCCCGGCUACACCAUUCCAGGGCCAAAAGUUGAUCCACAAACUCAAGUUUUUCGCACUCGCACCAGUUUUGAAUUCUUUGAUACUCAACCUCGUGCUGAACAUGUCAGUGAAUACCAGCAGAAAACGGAGAAAACAGCGUCUUUUCUCGAAAGACAUUGAGCAGCUUCUUUAUGCGCUUGGAGACGGACCUUAUUCGAUGGAGCUGACGAUAAAUGCUCUCGAGGACUCGCUUGUGGAGUACCUCAGCGACUUGAGCACGGCCACCCAGAUAUACGCCAGAAGUAAAAACAGAAACAGAAUCAAGGUCGAUGACUUGCCCUUCACACUUCGAAAUGAUCCCUACAAACUCAGCCGUCUUCAGUACAUAGUGAAUCAGAGCCAGAAGAUCGAGAAUGCUAAGAAGAUUUUUGAUGAAGAUGACAAGAAACUUGCGGACUACGGAGACGAAGAUGACGAUGAAGAUGAUGACGAUGAACAGCUUUCCAAGCCGGCUGAGGAUGAGGAGCCCUCCGGGAAGAAGUUUAAGAAAUCGAAGAAGAAAGGUCGGCAGUAGUUGUAUCAUAGUGUGUAACAUAACUUUAUUUAAUAAAAGAAUUGAUUAGAGUAGUAU